AAUCGCUCCCACGCCCCGAUGCCCCCGCCGCUGAGCAGGGUGAGCUGGGAGACCCUUUCCCUCAUUCCUUCCCGCCCCACGCGCGACGCGGGGAUGGCUCCGUGGCCUCCCGGGAACAGCUCUCUGACCCCGUGGCCAGAUAUCCCCACCCUGGCACCCAACACUGCCAACGCGAGUGGGCUGCCAGGGGUGCCCUGGGCGGUGGCGCUGGCGGGGGCGCUGUUGGCGCUAGCGGUGCUGGCCACCGUGGGAGGCAACCUGCUGGUAAUCGUGGCCAUCGCCCGGACGCCGAGACUCCAGACCAUGACCAACGUGUUCGUGACUUCGCUGGCCACAGCCGACCUCGUGGUGGGGCUUCUGGUCGUGCCCCCGGGGGCCACGUUGGCGCUGACCGGCCACUGGCCCCUGGGCGUCACCGGUUGCGAGCUGUGGACCUCGGUGGACGUGCUGUGUGUGACCGCCAGCAUCGAAACCCUGUGCGCCCUGGCGGUGGACCGCUACCUGGCCGUGACCAACCCACUGCGCUACGGCGCACUGGUCACCAAACGCCGCGCCCGAGCAGCCGUGGUGCUGGUGUGGGUCGUGUCAGCCGCGGUGUCGUUUGCGCCCAUCAUGAGCAAAUGGUGGCGCGUUGGGGCAGAUGCCGAGGCGCAGCGUUGCCACUCCAACCCGCGCUGCUGCACCUUCGCCUCCAACAUGCCCUACGCGCUGCUCUCCUCCUCGGUCUCCUUCUAUCUUCCGCUUCUGGUGAUGCUCUUCGUCUACGCACGAGUUUUCGUGGUGGCUACGCGCCAGCUGCGCUUGCUGCGCCGGGAGCUGGGUCGCUUCCCGCCAGAGGAGUCUCCGCCGGCUCCUUCUCGCUCCGGCUCCCCUGGCCCGGCGGGGCCGUACGCCUCGCCUGCUGGGGUGCCCUCCUACGGCCGGCGGCCGGCGCGCCUUCUGCCUCUGCGGGAACACCGCGCCCUGCGCACCUUGGGGCUCAUCAUGGGAACCUUCACUCUCUGCUGGUUGCCUUUCUUUGUGGUCAACGUGGUGCGCGCCCUCGGGGGCCCCUCUCUGGUGUCCGGCCCCACUUUCCUCGCCCUUAACUGGCUGGGCUAUGCCAACUCUGCCUUCAACCCGCUCAUCUACUGCCGCAGCCCGGACUUUCGGAGCGCCUUCCGCCGCCUGCUGUGUCGUUGCCGGCCGGAGGAGCACCUCGCCGCUGCCUCCCCGCCCCGAGCCCCCUCCGGAGCCCCCACGGUCCUGACCAGCCCCGCUGGCCCCAGGCAGCCCUCACCGCUCGACGGGGCUUCCUGCGGACUUUCUUAGGCCUUGAAGAAACAGCUCCAUUGAUCCGGAACCUUUGGAAAGCCUCUGGCCGGCAUCGGUUCAGAAUGAGCCCCGUGGA